AAUGGUGUCAAAUAUUUAGAAACGGAGGGAGUAAGUAUUUACCCCACUCAAUUAGUAAAUUUUAUUAUCGGAAAGUCAAACGUUGUGUUUUUGACCAACUAGUAGUCAAAUCACGAGUACAGCUAAUUGUGUACAAAAUUAUGCAUGUCAACAGAUUUAUACUUUAACGUAUUUUUACAAAAUAUUAGCUCUUAUAUAUAUAUGUUCUUAUGUUAAUGUGUAAUAACCAAUAUUCAAUGUCUGAUCUUCAAGAUUUUUUUCUUAAUAAUAUAAAAUAAACUCCAGAGUACAAAUUAAGAUCAACAGAGACUUAAAUUUGUAGUGCUACAAAUAAGAAAGUAACUCCCACACUUGAUACAUAUAUAUGAAUUAAUGAUAUGAAUUCGUCAAAGGCUGCUAAGGACUGUCCUUGAGUAAACUCAUUAUCCAAAAAAUGUUAGUCAACUGCCACUUGCCACUUGAAGAAGGCCAUAUAUAAGCUUGACCUAUAUAGGGCUUGUAUCAAUUCUUUCUUGCACUCAAAUCUAUAUUCACCGAUCGUUGAGUCAAGAAUAUUGACAAAGUGAUUGUUUAUGAAAUUGACUGGAAAUUAUCAUUCAAUUGAUAUGUCCUAAAAUUCAUAACUCCAAAAAUAAGAUAUGUUGAAUAUUCAUAAAAGAGACAUAGGAACCAACUCUAAUGUUGUGAUAUAUAUACUGUUUUCUCAUAAAUUUAAAACAACACAGUUGAACGUAAUGUUAGUUUAGAAUUUAUAUGACAUAAGUGUAAUUAUAGAAAAAAAAUCACAACCAACGUUAAAAGCAAUCCCAAACAAAUUAAAAUAGUAUCAGAAAUAUUUCAAUAAAAUGUCACUCACAAAUAAAUAUUUGUAAUAAAAUUUCAAACACAUUAAAAAAAUGCCCACGCAUAUGCGUGGGCUACCUUCCUAGUAAUGUUAAUGUGUAAUAACCAAUAUUAUCGAAUGUCUAAUCUUCAAGAUUUUUUUCUUGAUAAUAUAAAAUAUAUAAACUCCAGAGUACAAAUUAAGAUCAACAGACUUAAAUUAGCAGUGCUACAAAUAAGAAAGUAACUCCCACACUUGAUACAUAUAUAUGAAUUAAUGAUAUGAAUUCGUCAAAGGCUGCUAAGAACUGUCCUUGAGUGAACUUCAUUAUCCAGAAAACGUUAGUCAACUGCCACUUGCCACUUGAAGAAGGCCAUAUAUAAGCUUAUAUGCCAUGGCUCUCAAUUUCAAGCUCAAAGUUUAGUCCUACGCGCACCAGCAAUUUGCUAUUUGCAGGUAGGAUGCCGUCAUUACAAACGGCGGCGGCGGAGGCGGUCGUGGAUGAAGCGGUGGUCGCUGGCAAGGGCGGCGCCAUGCCAACCUCCACCCAAGAUUUACUAUUUCGACCUUGCCCCACCACCACCCUGUUGACUCUCCUCAGAGACACGUCGGAGAAGCGCGCUGCGGCGGCGGAGCAGAAGAUGGAGUGGCUCCGGUCGCAGCUCGUCGGCAAGGACGUCGAGUUUGACACGCCGUUCGGCCGCCACCUCCUCACCUACGCCGACCACACGGCGUCCGGCCGGAGCCUCCGCUACAUCGAGGACUACCUCCUCAACGAGGUCCUCCCCUUCUACGGGAACACGCACACGGAGGACAGCCAUGUCGGGAGGAAGAUGACGCGGCUGAUGCACAGGGCGGCGCGGUACGUGAAGCGGUGCAUGGGCGGCGGCGCCGGCGACGCGCUGCUGUUCUGCGGCGCCGGGACGACGGCGGCGAUCAAACGGCUGCAGGAGGUGAUGGGCGUGGCCGCGCCGUCGGCGGCGGCGCCGCUGCGCGCGCGCCUCGCCGCGGGGCUCCGGUGGGACGAGCGGUGGGUGGUGUUCGUCGGGCCCUACGAGCACCACUCCAACCUGCUGUCGUGGCGGCGCAGCCUCGCCGACGUCGUCGAGAUCGGCCUCGUCGGCGACGGGCUCGUCGACGUCGCCGCGCUCCGCCGCGCGCUCGCCUCGCCGCAGUACGCCGACCGCCCCAUGCUCGGCUCCUUCUCGGCGUGCAGCAACGUCACCGGCAUCGUCGUCGACACGAGAGAGAUCGCGCGCGUCCUGCACCAGCACGGCGCCUUCGCUUGCUUCGACUUCGCCGCCAGUGGUCCUCAUGUGAAAAUUGACAUGAAGUCCGGCGAAAUCGAUGGCUAUGAUGCGGUGUUCUUGAGCCCCCACAAAUUUAUCGGGGGGCCGGGUACGCCAGGUAUCCUUCUUAUGAACAAAUCGUUGUAUCGGCUCAAUUCUCAGCCUCCCUCAACAUGCGGGGGUGGCACCGUGAACUAUGUCAAUGGCUUCAAUGAGGAGGAUACAUUGUACUAUGAUGACAUUGAGGAGAGAGAGGAUGCCGGUACACCAGCGAUAAUACAAAAGAUCCGUGCAUCCCUUGCAUUUUGGGUCAAUGAGUACAUUGGAUAUGACACGAUAGACCUACACGAACAAAUAUACACUGAAAUGGCCAUGAAAAGGCUAGUGGACAAUCCAAAUGUUAAAGUGCUAGGAAACACAAGCGCGAACCGCCUACCGAUAUUUUCAUUCCUCAUCUACCCUCCUAUGGUAGAUUCAUUUUUUCAUGGGGAUGAUAGAUUGGCGAUCGUGAGGCGCAAAAGGCUUCCUCUCCAUGGACGAUUUGUCACUAAGCUUCUUAACGAUCUUUUUGGCAUCCAAGCAAGGGGAGGUUGUGCUUGUGCAGGCCCUUAUGGCAACAUCUUGCUCGAAAUCAAUAACGAGCUUUCUCUUCGCAUACGCUCUGCACUUGUUGAGGGGUAUCUUGGACUUAAGCCCGGGUGGACCAGGUUGAGUUUUGCUUACUACAUCUCCAAAGAGGAAUUCAAAUUCAUCCUAGAUGCCAUUGAGUUUUUAGCAGCAUAUGGUCAUCGAUUCCUCUCGUUGUACAAGUUCGAUUGGAGGAGCAGUAACUGGACGUUCAGUAAACAGGCAGCCAAGGAGUUAUCUGCUGCCACUGGUGUGCUUUUAGGUGAAGAUCUCCAGUUCAAGGCUGAAGAUAAAUCAGAUAAUAAUAAACCCGAGCCAAAUCAUACAAAAUUUGCAACAUAUAUGGAGAAUGCCAAGAGAAUUGCACUCUCCUUGCCGGAUAUCAAUCAACAAAUUAUUAGUAUUCCCCAAGGAGUAGACCCUGAUAUUAUUAUUUUUCAUGUAUAGUUGAUAUUUUGGGUAUAGUAUAAUGUUAUGAUUAGCAAAUUAAGUAUGUAUUGUAUAGUGAUGUGCCGUGUGCUUUUUAAUUUGUAGAUGGUAAUUGCCCCAAAUUGUAUUGAUGUCAUCAGAGUGUAAAGUUGCAAUUGGUUUCGAUCAAAAUAGUGUUUGCGGAAAAUUCAA